AUGGAUGAUCUCGCCUAUUUUGUCGCCGCUAAUGAUAUGGACGGUGACAACCAAACUGAUCUUAUUAUUGUUCACAAUGAAAAUAAUAAUGUCGGCCUAGCACCUGGCAAUGGUGAUGGGACUUUUCAGAAUGAAAUUUUAUUUACUGCUUGUUCUAAUUCAUGGUUUGAAAAUGUUAACGAUUAUCCAUUAUCAGUAGCUGUUGGUGAUUUCAAUAAUGAUAGUCGUCGAGAUUUUGCCAUCCCUUGCAAGUUUCUUCAUCAAGUAACAGUGAUUUUGACUGGUCCAUGCAUAAGUUUUCUAUCUUCACAAGAAUAUACAACCGCUGAUCAGCCGACAUCGAUAGCCGUUGCUGACUUUAAUGAGGACAACAUGACAGAUAUUGCUGUUACUAAUUAUUAUAGCAAUAGUGUGACAGUAUUUUUGGCAACGGAAAGUGGAACUUUUGUAUUAACAAAUUCUUUUCCAACUAUGCAUAAUCCAAUUGGAUUAGCUGUAGGAGAUUUCAACGGCGACAAACUGGUAGAUAUCGUUACAGUUAGCUGCGAAAGUCUAUCUAUAAGUUUAUUAUUUGGUUAUGGUAAUGGAUACUUUCAAAGACAAAAGAGCUAUUCAACUAUUGCUUGUUCAUAUUCGGUAGCUGUUGGUGAUUUCAAUGGUGACACUUAUUUAGAUAUCGUUAUUGAAAACAGGGAUUCAGGUGUGAGUAUUUAUCUUGGUUAUGGUAAUGGAGAUUUCGAAGCGCCAAUGCAUAUAUCCACGUCGAACUUUCCAAGGUUCGUCGCUGUAAAUGAUUUUAAUAAUGAUGGUCGUUUGGAUAUCGCUACUGUACAUUAUGAUGGAUAUCUCAAUAUUCUUAUAAAUGCAUGUUAG